AUGCAGGCAAUCUUGCUGGUACUGUUCGUCGGAGUAGCUUGUGUAGCUACUCCCACUCUCGCUGAUUACGAGCAAAAAUAUGAGCUUUCUAAGCCACACGUUCCUGUCUAUGAACCUUUCACCUUCAAGAAACCACCACUCAAGCCCCACACGGUGAAGAAGCCACCAGUUUACAAGCCAUUCCCUAAACCCGAGCCACCAAUUUACAAGCCCCCCAAGGAGAAGCCACCAUUUUAUAAACCACCAACUCUACCUCCACCAAUUUACAAGCCCCCUAAGGUGAAGCCACCAGUUUAUAAACCACCAACUCUACCUCCACCAAUUUACAAGCCCCCUAAGGUGAAGCCACCAGUUUAUAAACCACCAACUCUACCUCCACCAAUUUACAAGCCCCCUAACGUGAAGCCACCAGUUCACAAGCCACUGCCACCUUAUGGCCACUAUCCAGGACAUCCUCCAGUAGAAAAUACUGAACUUUACAAGCCACCUCGGAAAAUGUUCCCUCCUCCAAUUCCUUAUAAAAUUUCCCCACCUUACGAGAAGCCCCCAACACCCUACAAGCCACCCUACAAGCCCUCAUCUCCUAUCCAUCCAAACAAAUGA